GGGACGAAGAGCCAGAGGGGCCGCCGAGCGCCCGAGCCCGCUGCCGGUUCCCGCGGCCCCGCCGCCUGCAGCCUUGUGGGGCUCAAGAUGUGUCAGGAGACCCCGCCCCGACCCCGAGCACCCAGUCGCUGGACGCCGGCCCUGCUGGCCCUGCUGGCUCUGGGCGGCGCGGGACUGUGCCACGCGAGCUCGCAGCCUGGGUACCACGCGAGGCCCAGUGCCAGGAACAAGAACUGGUGCGCCUACGUCGUGAAUAAGAACGUGAGCUGCACGGUGCAGGAGGGAAGCGAGAGUUUUAUUCAAGCUCAGUACAACUGUCCCUGGAACCAGAUGCCCUGUCCAUCCGCCCUGGUGUAUCGGGUAAACUUUAGACCCAGAUUUGUCACUAGAUACAAGAUAGUGACACAGUUGGAAUGGAGAUGCUGUCCUGGCUUUAGAGGACCAGACUGCCAAGAAGGUCCCAAAGACCGCAUGAAGACCCCCGGGCCCCCACCACCUCGACCAAAAAACAACCUGAAGAAAGCCACAGAUACAGAUCCAAGCCAAGUCUCUCAGCCUAAGAAAACGUUGUCCCCAACAAAUGCAGUGGAACCAGGUCAGGUUGCAGAUGCAAAGCAAGGCCCUCCGGAACUUCAGCAAUCCAAAGUCCAGGUGCUGGAGGAGAAGGUCGUCCGACUCACCAGGAUGGUGCUGGAUCUCCAGUCCACCGUGGCAGGCCUGAAGGAGAACCUCAAACACACCAUUCAAGAUGAUGGCAGAAAAGAGCCAGACUCCUGGCUCAGUCCCCUGCACCCGCAGCCAACGCCUGACAGCCCCCUUGUGGGGGAUGCAGAGCCGAGCCAGCUUCCUGGAAUUCCCACCAGCAAGGAAUCUGGUAUGAAGGACAUCAAGUCUGAGUUGGCUGAGGUCAAAGACACGCUGAAGACGAAGAGUGACAAGCUAGAAGAGCUGGACGGGAAGGUGAAGGGCUAUGAAGGGCAGCUCAAGCAGCUGCAGGAGGCGGCUCAGGGCCCCACGGUCACCAUGACAACCAAUGAGCUGUACCAAGCCUAUGUGGAUAGCAAGAUAGAUGCCCUGAGGGAGGAGCUCAUGGAAGGCAUGGACCUGAAGCUGGCUGACCUGAAGAAUACCUGCGAGUACAAGCUGGUGGGGCUCCAGCAGCAGUGCGAUGACUACGGCAGCAGCUACCUCGGAGUGAUAGAGCUGAUCGGGGAGAAGGAGGCGAGCCUGAAAAAAGACAUUGCUGACCUGCGAGCCCAGCUGCAGGAUCCCGUAGCCCAACCAAGCUGUUGCAAUGGUCAAAAGAGCAGUGAUUUCGGCCCACAGAUCAAGGCACUAGACCAGAAAAUCGAGAGAGUUGCCGAGGCCACCAGGAUGCUGAAUGGACGGCUGGACAAUGAGUUCGACCGCCUCUCCGUUCCAGAGCCAGACGCAGACUUUGAUGCAAGAUGGACCGAGCUCGAUGCAAGGAUCAAUGUGACGGAGAAGAACGCAGAAGAGCAUUGCUUUUACAUUGAGGAGACCCUGCGGGGGGCCAUCAACGGUGAAGUGGAUGACUUGAGGAAGCUUCUCAAUCAGAAGAUCCACUCCCUGGAAGACCGUCUGGGAAUUGUUCUGCAAGCGGCCAACAGCUCAGACGUAGAGUUGACACCCAUGGGCCCAGCCUUGCCAGAGCAGCCAGGGGCAGAGAAUGAGCAGGUCCUAAUGGAGUUGAGCCGCCUGAAGGACAAAGUUCAAGUGGUUGAGGACUUCUGCCUGCAGAGCUUGCCCCACGGGAUAGAUGGAGCUUUGCCUAGUGGAGAGGACCUCACGCAUGUCAGCCUGAGCCUUUUGGAAUCCCUCAAUGAUACGAUGCGCAGGCAGUUCCAAGAAACGAGUCACAGCAUCCAGAAACUCCAAGAGGACGUCAGUGCCCUCCAUUCUCAACUGAAUCACUCCGAAUGUACGGGGACUUACUUGCAGAAUGGAGUGAGCGACAGCCGAACAGGUGACAGUGUGGAAGCAAGUGGGUUUACUAAGACAGGGGAGCAAGAGAGGACAGUAGGGACUGUCCCGUCUCCUGGGACCCCCGUGGCUCCAUGCUGUGGUCAGCUGGAGGAGCGCUGGCAGAAGCUGCAGAACCAAAUGUUGGCUGAGCUAGACACGUGUAAGGAGAGUGCUCACGGGGUUCAGAGUGGGGUGUCUGCGAUCGAGGGCAGGGUGUUCCAGCUGGAGCAGACAUGCAGAAGGCUGGAUACCAUCUCAGGGAGUCUGCAGAGGAUCAAGGAGGGGCUCGGUAAGCAUGUGGGCAGCUUGUGGAACUGCAUCCGGCAGAUGAACGGGACGCUCAAAUCACACUCCAGAGACAUCUCUGGCCUCAAGAAUUCUGUGCAGCAAUUCUAUAGCCAUGUUUUCCAGAUUUCUACCGACUUGCAAGAUCUGGUCAAGUUUCAGCCAUCAGCAACAGACGAACCCUCAGAAGCAACCGAGGGACCGUCUGGGAAGACUCCACUAGAAUCCACCAGACCUUCAGAGGAGGCCCCCACUAAACCACCCCGGCUGACCCCACUGCCAGAAGAUCCUGCAGGACCACCACAGACAGGCCAGCGGCCAAUAUUGCCCCAGAGACCCCUGCAGCCACCACCUUUGCCUGCCUGGCCUGGUCGCACGGGGUUGCCCUUCUUGCCUGGCUCUAGUGGAGUCAUCAUGGAGACUGGAGAGGCGGGGCCUCCAGGCAGGAUGGGCGUGUCCGGAAGGGGCCUGCCUCGGGGAGUGGAUGGCCAGAUGGGGCAGGGGCCCAUUCAUAGCUCGGAAGGCUAUGCAGGUGCACCAGGCUACCCCAAGUCACCUCCUGUAGCCACCCCAGGUAUGUCUAUGCGGAACCCUGCUCUCCUUGGUGGUCUCAGCCCUGUAUUUCCUGUCUCCUCCCUUGGGGCUGCUGACAUGGGUAGCAGCCAUUGCUCUCAUCUAGGCAUGGCCUUCACAGGGAGGGUGAGGGUUCUGGUAAUCUUUAGCCAUUCCUUCUACAAUUCCAAGCCUGGUUCCCCUCUGGCUAAGUCACACUGGUUCUGCACUGGCAGACCUCCAAGAAAGCAGCCAGGCAUCUUCACUGCACCAUACGACGGGCGCUACUUGAUCACAGCCACCCUCACCCCUGAGAGAGACACCUAUGUGGAAGCUGUCCUGUCUGUCUCCAACGCCAGUGUUGCCCAGCUGCACACGGCUGGAUACAGGAGAGAGUUCCUGGAAUACCAUCGUCCCCCUGGGGCUGUACAUACCUGUGGGGGCCCAGGGGCCUUCCACCUCAUUGUGCACUUGAAGGCAGGAGAUGGAGUCAACGUUGUGGUGACUGGGGGCAGACUGGCUCACACAGACUUUGAUGAAAUGUACUCCACCUUCAGUGGUGUUUUCUUGUACCCUUUCCUUUCUCACCUCUAGGGAGACCAGGAAGGGAAGAAAGGCUGUGAAAACCCCAAAGCUUUAAUAUAUUCGGUUUAUGUAACUGGAGCACUGAUCUAGCUUGCUGCACACACUCUGCCUGCCCCCCCAGGAUAAAGGCCUGCCAUCCCUCGUUUCCAGACAGCUGUGGAAAUGACACAUGGUUAAUUCUGUCACUGGACAACCAGAAGACUCGUUACGUCCCCUUGGCUGGAAGCUGGCUUCUCCUGUGCCGCCUAUAAGCCAGCUUUGCUCGAUGUUCCUGGGUUGAACCUACUUGGUGCUGUUCCGACUGGCCUGGGCCUGAUGCAGCUGGAAGACACUGUAGUGGAUGCGCCUCUCUGCACUGCACGUAGAAGAUUUAAACACUGAAGUGCUUAUGUGGCCUGGACCCAGAGAGUUUAACAUGGGCUGUUCCACACUUGGUUGCUGUUACCGUCUAGUACUGAUCUCUGUUCCCCUGGGCCCUGCUAUGAAGGUGGAUGUAAGAGACAUUAUUUAUGAAACUUGCCAGGCUCCUUAAAUGACAUGUACAAUAUAAGUGCAAAGACAGGGAGCGUCAAUAAAGAUGUCAGAGUCACUCUGUCCCUUUUCUGUAU